AUGUCGCGGCCCAGCAGCAGAGCCAUCUACUUGCACCGGAAGGAGUAUUCCCAGAGCAUGGCCUCAGAACCUACCCUCUUACAGCACAGAGUGGAGCAUCUGAUGACAUGUAAGCUGGGGACACAGAGAGUCCGGGAACCGAAGGAUGCUCUACAGAAGCUUCAGGAGAUGGAUGCACAGGGGCGAGUGUGGAGCCAAGACCUGCUCCUGCAGGUCAGAGAUGGCUGGCUCCAGCUGCUGGACAUCGAGACUAAGGAGAACCUGGAUUCUUACCGCCUGGACAACAUCAAGGCCAUGGAUGUAGCGCUCAACACCUGCUCCUAUAACUCCAUCCUGUCAGUCACUGUGCAGGAGUCUGGCCUGCCAGGCACCAGCACUUUGCUCUUCCAAUGCCAGGAAGUAGGGGCAGAGCAACUGAGGACAAGCCUGCAGAAGGCCCUGGAGGAAGAACUAGAAGAAAGACCUCGAUAUGGAGCCCUUCAUCCAGGUCAGGACAGAUGGAAGGGGUAUUCUCCGGAAAGGUCAUUCCCUAUACAACAGGCACCCCCUCUGGAGCAGAGGUACUCUCCAGAACGGAGGUUUCCUCCAGAACAGCCACACCACAUGACCCCAGAACGAAGCAUCCCACCAUCCCCAAGGUCCCUGGCACACUACCCAAGUGCCCGAGAACCAAGUGACUUCACUCUGCCUCCUCCCCCAAGGCGUGCUCCAUCUCCUGAGGACCUGGAGAUCGAUGAGGAGGUGCUGAACCAUCUCCUGGCUGACAUUGAGCUGUUCGCUGGAAGGCUGAAGGAGGCCAAGGCAAAGGACAGCCGUAAGAAGAGAAAACUUGGAAGGAAAAAGAAGAAGGCUCAAAAUAAGAUAACACCAGCACAGUACAUUGACUGUUUCCAAAAGAUCAAGUUCAGCUUCAACCUCCUGGGGAAGCUGGCCUUAAGGCUGCAGGAAACAAGUGCCCCUGAGUUCGUGAACCUCCUCUUCCAAACCCUGAGAUUCAUCCUGGAACAGUGCCCUGAAGAUGACCUUGCAGCUAAAGUGAUCUCACCCCUCCUCACCCCCAAAGCCAUAAACCUGCUACAGUCCUGUCUAAGCCCACCCGAAAAUACUCUCUGGAAGUCGCUAGGCACAGCCUGGACCACCAGCCGGGCUGACUGGAUAGGCGAUGAACCACCACCCUACCAACCCACAUUCUCCGAUGGCUGGCAGAUUCCAGAGCCCUACUUCAUGGAACCCCUAAGAAACCAGGAUUCUAUUUCCUUCCGAGGUUCUAGGAUGAGGAGCAGCCUGCACUUCCCUCCAGAUGAGCCAUACAACCAUAGCGAGGACUCAAACCUCCCAUCCUCCAGUCCCAUACCUGCCGACUCCACCCUGAAAAUGCAAGUCCUGUAUGAGUUUGAAGCCAGGAAUCCACGGGAACUGACUGUGGCCGAGGGGGAGAUUCUGGAGGUCCUGGACCAGAGCAAGCGUUGGUGGCUGGUGAAGAAUGAAGCAGGACGGACGGGUUACAUUCCCAGCAACAUCCUGGAGCCCCUGCCUGCUGGAGGCCCUAGAAACCACAGACAAUCAUCCUUUAGGGCUCCAAUGCUUCGUCUUAGCUCAAAGCCCGAUGAAGUCACAGCUUGGCUACAAGCGGAGAACUUCUCCACCAUCACCGUAAGGACCCUGGGGUCCCUGAUGGGGAACCAGCUACUUCACAUGAGACCAGGGGAGCUGCAGAUGCUGUGCCCACAGGAGGCCCCACGGAUCCAGGCCCGGCUGGAUGCUGUUAGAAGGAUGCUGGGGGUGAGGUCCUGA